AUGUACCCUUACAGUGGAGGCGGCAGCACGAUGGUGAAACCACAACAACUCCAAUCUGUCUCUAUGCCUCCUCAUGGUGGAGGUGGGACUGGGUACCCUCAACUUCCGACUGCUCGUGUGCUGCCACAGGGGUCGCCCUCCAGGUCAGCGGCUGGUGGGGCUGGAUCAGGUUCAGGCUCAGGAAACAGGGUUCCGAUUGAUGACGUGAUUGACAAGGUGGCGACCAUCGGGUUCCCGAGGGAUCAUGUUCGUGAAGCGGUUCGGAAACUCACGGAGAACGGGCAGUCGGUCGACUUGAACAUCGUCCUGGAUAAGCUGAUGAACGACUCGGAUUUCCAGCCGCCUAGAGGGUGGUUCGGCCGGUAG